AUGGAAAAGAAAAUGCUCUGGGUUUUCACCAUUGUCCUGAUUGUAGGACUCAGCAAUGCCUUGCUGCCUGAAGGAGUAUGUAGCGUCCCAGCAAAGUCGCGAGAAAACUGUGGCUACCCAGGCAUUGGUGAAAUAGAAUGCAGUCAGAAGAACUGUUGCUUCGAUUCGAACGUGAUGGGUGUCCCCUGGUGCUUUAAACCGGAUUUUGCUGAUGCCUCGGAACAAUGCGCCGUUCAAGUGAGUGCCAGAGAGGACUGCGGCUACCCAGGGAUCAGCACAGAAGAAUGUAGUAACAGAGGAUGCUGUUUUGAUUCAAGUAUUCCUAAUGUUAUCUGGUGCUUCUUUCCUAAUAAUGAUCCAGAAUGCUUCUAAAAUAAAUGUGAAUCAAGAAUCUGGCUGUCUACUCUUAUUGUUCCUCCAGAAGA